UUUUUGCUUUUGUUUUAUUUUUUUUUUCCUUAAAGCCCUAUCUCCUGGCGCAGUUGCUCUUUCGAGAAUUACAGUUUUCCUUUUAAAGAAAGAAGCUACAACAAAAACAACUUGGAAAACAUUAGUGAGUGCCUGGGGGUUGGGAAAGAAGAAGUUGCACAAAGGAGAGCCCGACUGCGUUGUGAACGUGCCCUCCCGCCACGCCACUUUGGAGCAUGUGAUUUCUCACGAGCUGGCAUCACUUAUUACCAAGAGAGAACGAUAAACGGGAGUCCUGAGCCCAGACUCUUCCACGACAUUAAAGCACGACUCCAAAAAACUUGAGGCUUUCCAAGUUCUAAGCCUGUAAGUAUGGAGCAGGUUUGAUACAAAGCUGCUGUUCGGGGUUCUUGUUGGCCUUUGCCCAUGUUUUUCCACUGUGGGCUGUGCCUGUUUUCUGCAGAGGAGAUAAGCAGCAGACGUUUCCUUCCGACAAGGCUGGUCUCUGUGAGCGGAGGAGGAAGUCUGUGUUCCCCGGCUCCAGCCUUUCCUCGCGCUUUCAUCCGCACAAGGCGUGGGAUGUGGCGCGAGCCGAAGAAAUGUUUCAGGGCUUCACUCGCUUCCUAUGGACAAAGAUUUCAAGAUACCUUCCCUCGAUCUUCUCCUUACAACUUUCUCUGGGAAAAAAUGCGUAGGCUCUUCUUUAUCUUGGUGAUGUGCACAGCAGGCACCUCUGCUUUCAGACUCCAGCAAGUCAAAAGCACAGAAAACUGCUCAGAACACACCGUGUUUUUCAAACACUACUAUGAACUGCAUGGAGAACCUGUGGUUCUGAAAUGCCCAUCCCCCAAAUACAAACACUUGGAUUUUUCUGCCUUGACCCCUAAUAUUACAUGGUAUAAAAAUGGUUCAAAAACUGUGAUAUCAGGAAGAGAUGAAGAUCCAAGAAUCUGGGCAAAAGGAGAUGUGCUCUGGUUUUUACCAGCAAUGGUAGAAGACUCAGGAGUAUAUAUCUGCACCAGAAGGAACUCCUCCUACUGCGCGGAGGUCUCCAUCCACCUCACGGUCAUGGAGAAAACAGCUGCUCGGGAGAUUGCCUAUCUCCAGGUCCUCUUCACUUCCACCUCUGGGAAGAUCGUUUGCCCUGACCUAUGGGAUUUUACACCAAAUAGGACAAGCCUGGAGCUCCAGUGGUACAAGGAUGCCCUGCCUUUGGAAGACAACAAUGAAAAAUUUGUAAAUCUGCAGGGUUCCUCUUCUCUGAUCAUAACUGCCGUGCUACCAACAGACGCUGGCUAUUACACCUGCAAGAUGUCAUUUCCAUAUGAAGGUGUAAUGUAUGAAAUCACCAGAACAAUUCAUCUGGAGAUUGUUGAGCAAGAAAAGAGAUUUACCCCAAUAAUUGUGUAUCCAACAGCGAAGACAACAUCAGCUGCUCUCGGCUCCAAGAUGACUCUCCCAUGCAAAGUGUUUGUUGGCCUGAGCAGCCACAUGCACACUGAUGUGGAAUGGCUGGCAAAUGACACUGCUGUCGAUGUGGUUUACAAGCAAAGCAGAGUUACUGAGGGGGAACGACAAGAAAUUGUAGAAAAUGGUGAAAACUUCAUUGAAGUACCACUGAUUUUUGAUUCUGUCAAAGAAGUGGAUUUUUACACAGAUUUUACAUGUCUGGCCCAGAACAGAUACGGCUACCAAGUAUUGCCAACAAGGGUCAAGCAGGAAGGUGAUGAGAGCCUUUCCGAUAACUUCAGUCAGAAGCAAACCAGGUCUGUAAGUGAAAGAAGCCACGUGAAAGACAAGCACACUUCACUGGGCUAUACAGCACUUUCCUGUGCGAAGAGGAGCUGUGUGAUGAACCCGGCUUUCAAAAGUGAAGGAAAAAGCAAAUAACAUUUUGGGGAGGCAUUUUCCUAAAGAGCAUUUGGUUGUGACGUGUGACAGUUCUUCAUUUAAACAACUGUUUCUGAGAAUUACAAGGAAGCCCUGCAGAUGCCUUUUCCAUUAAAUCCAUUUGCCCAAAACACUUGCACAAAAGGCUCAGAACAAAUAAGACUCAUGCUGGAGAAUAGCUUGUGGAAGCAGUUAUUGUGUAGGAGAGGUCUAAAGGUUUGCCUCAGUAGUUAGCAUAUGCAGUCAGCUAUUGGAAAGCAAAUUUUCCUCCCAGUUUCUGAUAUGACACAUGAGCAGAUGCCACAUGGAGCCUGAACGGAGCACAGAGUUUUUAGGAAUGAAUGAUACUCAAGGAAUACAACAGAGUACAAACCUAUUCCCACUCAAAACGAGAGCAAAGGUCCCACUAACUUCAGGCUCUUAUCUCACAUGCAUAUACAUAAUGAGAAUUGCCCUGUUGGCAGAUUAUGAGUAUAAACAAGGUAUGUGACAAUGAGAUUGCAGAAAAGCAAGCCUUCACUUGACUUAUGCUCCCAUGAAUGUGGGUUUGGCAGUUUCCCACUUUUCCUUACCAGCCCUUGAAAUAUUUAACUGUUAAGGUUCCUACUACAUGAAGGUUGUAGCUAAGCAAGAGAAUGGAAGAUUUCUUCCUUAAGGACAUUUGAUUGCUGUUCAGGUAGGCUUUACCUGCCAUAACAUGGACUAGUGUACUACAAACCAGAGCUUUGGUUUUGUUGUGGCUCAUUUAAGGUCCCGAUAAUUCCUAUUGGAAGGAGUGGAUCAACUCUCAGUACAUUUUUCCUCUUCUGGAUAUCACCUUCAAAUGAAAUAAACAAUAAAAUGUACUGAGACCACUUUAUGGUUUUAACAGGAUCUGUAAAGACAGAAGAAGCUGGUGUCAGUGCUUAAGCAGUCAGGAUUAUUUCUGGCUACAUAUGUAGUGUAACGAGUAAAUAUUUGUAGGGUCCAUCUCAAAGCUGUUCUGGCUUCCAAGUGCUUUAAAAAUAAAAGAGAGAAAGGAAAUGACUUAAUUAGGCAGCUUCAUAAAAUAAGAUGGCAAGUUUUUCUUCACUAUGAGAGAGAGGCCAGUGUAACUGGAGAAGAACAGAGUUUUCUUCAUUCAAGCUUUAGUCGCGAGAAAAUGCCAAUUUAUUAACACCUAAACUUCUCUAAGAAAGGAAUUAAUUUUGGACAAAAUAGUUUCCAGGAAGAACUUUUGUGUGAGACAUGCAAGAACCAUGCUGAAUUCUUUGUCUCAAAACAAGUAAAAUCUGAGAUUGAAUCUCUCUCACCAUUGCAAUUUUGGCUUUUCUUCAGGAUCUAGGAUGCUCUUUAGGCUUUCUGUUGAAAAACUCAGGAAGAUUUAAUCUUCAACUCAAUGUGCUAAGAAAAGAAAUAUCCAACUCUUUGGUAUCUUGACUGAAAGGAUGCUUUUUGCUUCCUCACAAAUUGUUUG